AUGAAGCAUAUUUUACUUCUAUUAUGUCUUGUGUCGUGUGCUAAUUUGGAAAAGAAAACUUUUCAACAUUUCUACAUAUCGCGCAAAAUAAGAUCUAAUUCCGAACCAAAGAACACCGGAUAUAUGUACAGUCAAGUUAAUAACCAACCAGCAAGCUUUUCUACAUUUUAUAAUAGAAUUACUAAUAAUCAUAGUAAAGGAUCUGAUAAUUUAGAACAAACAAACUUACAUAAGCGGAAACUUGUAGACUGUAAGGAAUGUUCUAAAAUUAUUGACAAUCACACAACAGCUCCUUUACAGUCUCGGGUGAGGUUAUUGGAAAAACUAACUGAAGCAAAAAAAAAUGAUAAUCCAGCAUCAACAGCAAGUCAUAUGAUAACCAGAUAUGAUAUGGGUCCAGGCUUUCAUACAGACGAUGAAGAUGUUAGAACUGAUCCUGGUCACUUCUACGACGGUUGGCCUUACUUUUAUCAUACCCCAUAUGAAUAUGAACCAAACGAAUAUGAUAUUGAAGUUGAAAAAGCGAAAGAUAAACGUUUUGUGGAACCAAGGAUGGAGAGAAUCAUUCCGGUUCACGAAAAUCAUGACGAUAUUUCAAAUAACUACAUUUAUUCCGGCCCCAAUUACAGACAUACACAAACCGAUACUACUGACAAUCCAAUUUUCGGAAAUAAGCCGUUCUUUUCAUAUAUUCUAAAUGAUUAUUUCGAUAAAUCCUACGACGAUGAUCCUCUUGUUUUUAAGGGUAUUUCGUGGGAAAACGAAUUUAAUAAUGAAAUACCACCUCAAGAUAUAGAUGAUUACGCCAGACGAAUUAGACAUCUUGAUAAUAACUACCCUAAUCAACGUGAGGGAAAUUACCUGGAAACAACUACAGAAGCUUCACACGGCCUCGACAGCCAUAGAGAAAUAAUAAAGAGUAAUAAGUAUGACAACAAACAAGACACUGAAACAACUAAAAAAGGCAAUGACAAAAUACAUAGACACAAAAGCGGACAAAAUCGCGAUAAACAAAAAUAUAAGGAGUUCAAGGAUUUUACCGAUGCUUUCGCAAAUAAGUUUGGAUCAGAGGACCACAAUAAAAUUUCCAAGUACUCCGUUAAAAAUAACGCUGAUAAAGGUGAAAAAAAGAAAGGCUUUCGAAAAGUGUACCACAAAGAUGAAUAUCAGGAGCACAAUGAGUUUUUUGAUGAUAAUAAUAAUAGUAUUAAUACUGAAGAACAUGGAGAUUCGAAAGUUCGAAUUGGUAGCUCUGAAGCUUUGUUGGGAUCUAAAGCAGCGGUGGUCUCAGGGCAUGAAGGAAAAACUAGUAACAUCGCAGAAGAUGUUGACACUAACUUAUUUGAGAAGAAAUACGAAGAUUCUAAACGUCUUAAGGGUAUAGAUAAUAAUUUAAAAUCAUAUAGAGAUGUGGGCAAAAAUAUAGCUUUAAGUAAUAGCGACUAUUUUGAUGGAUAUGUAAAA